AUGUUGUUGCGAUUCUUUUUAUGCCUAGCAUGGGCUUUGGCGGCGGUAGUGCCUCCCGGUAUAUCAACGUCCUCGUUCCACUUGACCGAUGAAGAAAAACAGCAUUUGACAGGCGACCCCAAGCCGACGCACAAGGUGACAUUCACAAUCUCGCAAGGCGCACCACCGUCGGUGCAGAAACUCGGCACGUUGUCCUUGGUCUUGUUUGGUGAGACUGUCCCCAUCACGGUGGAGAAUUUCUACCAGCUAUCUUCCAUGAGCCAAGGCUACGGCUACGUCAAUUCGAGAUUCCACCGAAUAAUCAACAAUUUCAUGAUUCAAGGCGGAGACUACGGCAGCACCAGCACCGGCAGCAACGGCGGCGCGAGCGGGAAAUCAGACUCUAUCUACGGCGCUAGUUUUGCUGACGAAAAUUUCGAGUUGAAGCACGACAAAUUGGGCAGGUUGAGCAUGGCCAACGCGGGAGCCAACACCAACGCGGCCCAGUUUUUCAUCUUGAAUGUCGACGCUACGCCCCAUUUGGACGGCAAACACGUUGUCUUUGGCCAAUUAGUCGCGGGGUUUGACACUCUCGCGAAGAUUAGCACGGUGGAGUGCGUCGAUAACAAGCCGAUUGAACCUGUCUAUAUUAGCGAUAUCGACACGCUGGCUUUCGAUGUCGACAUGAAGGAAGCGGAGCAAAAGGCGGAACAGAUUCGACCUGAGGAAGAGCAGUUGAAAGCUGGAGACGCGCCGCCCCCGGAUGUUCUUGUUGAGAGCGAGAUUUCAAGUUCUAGUGCGCUAUAUGCUGUGUUGUUCUUGGUGCUUUUGAUUGGUCUUGUUGGGGUUGUUUAUUUCAAAAAGUUUUAUAAAAGGGAGCUGGUUACUGACAUUAGAAGUUAUCGUAAAUUUUAA